CGAAGGGCCUAGAGCCCCGCCCCCUUUCCGGCCCCGCCCCCGCGCGCUGCUGCCCCGGAAGGUAGCGUGUGCGCAGGCGCGGCGGCGACACGUGCUGGAGCCAUGGCGGGCGGGACGGGGCAGCUGCAGCGCGCACAGGUGAAGAAGGCGGUGGAGGCGCUGCUGGCGUUCGCCAGAAGCAAGGCCAAGGGAGACGCGCUGCUCCUGAACGAGAGCGAAAACAUCCACCUCCUGGUGACGGUGUGGAAGGUCCCGCAGGCGGCUCAGGUCAUCAGAAUCCAUCCCCUGUCCCCGUCGUGUUCUCGUUGCAGACCCCUGCCCCACGGCAUCCGGCCGGACACAGCUGAGGUUUGCCUCUUCACGAAGGAUGAACCAAAUUUAUCAGCAGAGCAGACUGAAAAUCUGUACAAGAAGCUUUUAAUCCAGAAUGGGAUCAGAAGCGUUAGCCAGGUCAUCUCAUACAAAACUCUCAAAAAGGAGUAUAAACUAUUUGAAUCAAAGCGUCGCCUCCUGAACAGAUUUGAUCUCUUUCUGUCUGAUGACCGAAUCAGAAGGCUCUUGCCCUCACAUCUGGGAAAACACUUCUAUGAAAGGAAAAAGGCGCCUUUAUCUGUAAACCUGAAAGCCAGAAAUCUUGCUAAGGAGCUACAAAAACAUAUCCAGGGGACUACGCUCCCCGUUACCAACAAAGGGUGCUGCUACACAGCCCGUAUCGGUCACACUGGGAUGAAAGCGGAUGAGAUCCUAGAUAACGUAAUUGCAGCAGCCAAGGUGAUUGCGAAGAAGCUCCCAAAGAAGUGGAAAAAUGUAAAAAUUCUUCACCUCAAAACACUGAAAUCAGUUGCGCUUCCGAUUUUUACUGCUAAUAUCUCCAAUUUGGAUGAGCUUGACAGACAGCCGUCUCUCCAAAAAAAGGAAGUAAAGAAGGGAAAGAGCAAGAAACUGAAGAAGGCAGCGAAAAAACCAAAUUCAAGUCAAGUCACUUCGACAACUAAAAUUAAUACUGUGGCUGCUGCUGCAACCCAGGAACUUGUGGUAAAAGAAGAAGUAGCCCAAGAAGCAGGUGAUCAUGACGAUGAUGAAAUUCCACAGCUGGUGCCUGUGCAAACAGCCGCCUCAGCCGAGCUGAAGAAAAUGGAACCAAGUCCAGAAAAAGGCGACAACCUGGGCAAGAAAACUAAAACAUCCCUUGGUAAGAGGAAGAAACAACCUCUAGCUGUGGAAGCUCCAAAAAUGAAACACAAAGUUACAGAAGAGCGUACAGACUUGAAGACAUCACCAAAGCAGAAAAGAGCCAAGCAGCUCAGCAUGCCAAGGGAAGCAACAAAAGAAAAAGAGAUGAAAAAGACUCCCAAAAAACCAGAAGCAAAGUCUUUUGCAGCACCCAAAGCUGGGAAAUCAAUACAGUCAGCCAAGAAGUCUUCCAGAACACCGAAGCAAGCACCCAAGAAAGUGUGCAGGCCACAGUCAGCAUGAAUGUUGUUUGUUGUAACACAUUUUAUACCGUUGUUCAGUAAUAAUUUUUAGUAUACAAAUAUAUUGGUGAAGUAAAAUACCUUCUUCAGGAGACCUGAUGCUAAGAGCUUUUUUCACUGGGGCCUGGAAUGAUUCAUUUGUGUUUCUUUCUAACUGCUGCACCGGAACCAAUAAACUCGCAAUCUUAA